AGACUUGUACAAGUCUUUGGCUACUGUCACUUCGCAAGAGUACGAACUGGACUUGGUGACCGAUGGUACAUUCUACGAACAAGUGGAUUAUACCGAAACCCUGCAUGGCGAUCCAGACGUCAAGGAGCUCCCGGAGGCUUCCUGGUCUUUACCGGCCGAUGGCCGUGUGGAUUUGACUUUCGCGAUGGAUUCUUUGAUACGCUUAGCCCCUUCCUCAAGCGGUGUCCCACAUCCAUUACGCUCAGACAUGCAUCCAUUACGCUCAGUAAUGGCCUUUUAUCGAGACCUUCUCCACUGCGGUGGGGAUUUCUACAUCCUUGAUUGGGGCUGGCCGAAGGGCCAGUGGCGACCCUCAUCUGGCCUGGUGUACCGUGUUGGAAUGUUAUCGCAACGAGCAGAAGUUGUCUGGAAUCGAGAGCAAUUAACUUACAGGCCUAGGAAAUAUAAAGACACCAUAAACGGCCACGGUAAACCUUGGCCCCGCCUGAUCCUGUGCCAGGGGAUCUACAGACUUCUCUCCAAAGAAAAUACUUUUCAGCCCCGAAGUCCUUCCCUGGAUGGGGAGGCCAGUAUCCUGGAAGAAUUUCCGCUCUUGAUGUCUCACGACAACGGGACAAUUUUGAAGCACCUGGCACUACAUACUCACUGUCUCUCUCAAACAUCUCAUAUGGUCUCUACAAAUCCUUGUGGAAUUUCAUAUGGAAGGGGAAUUUUAAAUGAAGGCUUUCACAUUGUUUACUUCGAGAUCUUGAGCUCCUAUUCGCAGGCCAUAGGCAGCUGGGAUAUUGAAAGUUUCUAUAAUCCAGACCUGCCAAAGUUCCAAAAGAGCGCCUUCACUCUUCUGUCAGUGCCUGGAGAAACGACGAAGUUAGAUACAGACUAUUGGACUUUUCUAUGCUUCACGGCCGAGGGAUUUGCAUUUCAAGACGAGAAACUAUAAUCACCAUCCCUCAAAUGUCAGUCAAUCUACUAUAUCGCAGCAGCUAUGAAAAGAAUUGUGAUCCAUUGGGACUCAAUACUGAAAGGCAUCG